UCUCGUCCCCAACUCCGGCGCAUAUCCUAGGGUUCCCCCGUACGGAGGAUCCACAGCUCUUUUCUGCCGCAAGUCGAGCUCGGCGAUGGCGUUGACCAAUUUGAUCCUGACGGUGGUGGGGGUGGGCGCGGCGGUGAUGCUGCUGCGCAAAGACGUGAAGCAGUCGUCCGCCGUCUUCCGCCGCAACAUUCGCCAUAUCAAGAACUGGCUCGAGGAGGAGUCCGCCGCCACCACAUCUGCUGAGCGAUCGGUGCCAAAGGAGCUGGAGUCCCAGGCUGCCAAGAAAGAUUCUGCACCCAAAGUGGACAAGGAUUAGAUGGUUUUGCACGCCAUUUUCCGUUGAAAGCAGCUUUGGGUUUAGGAUUCGCGUACUUGUACAAAAAGAGUUUGGUACGAUCUUCAGUAUAGAGAUAUUGGACUCAAAUAAUGGUGGAUGCAUGGAUAGUGCAUGUGAGUUCUAUCCCCUUUCUGAGUUUCUGGGCUGGUUUAGAAAUCGGAGUGCAUAUUUAUAUUUCUCGGAUAUUAUACUUUUCUGUGGUGAGAUCAAUAGUGAGCAUCCAAUAAAUCAUGAUUUGUUAUAUUUCAGCA